CGUUGGAGUUUCUGACAGCGUGGCAACCAGCAGCAGUCAAGGGGUCUUUAGCAGUGGGUCCAGGCAUCAGCCUUGAAACAUCAAGAUGUCUCUUUCCAAAAAGUUGACUUUAGACAAAUUGGAUGUUAAGGGGAAACGAGUCAUCAUGAGAGUAGACUUCAACGUCCCCAUGAAGAAUAACCAGAUUACAAACAAUCAGAGAAUCAAAGCUGCUGUCCCAAGCAUCAAGUACUGCCUGGAUCACGGAGCCAAGUGUGUUGUUCUUAUGAGUCACCUAGGCCGGCCUGAUGGUGUCGCCAUGCCUGACAAAUACUCCUUGGAACCCGUUGCUGCUGAGCUCAAAGCCUUACUUGGCAAAGAUGUUCUGUUCCUGAAGGACUGUGUGGGUCCAGAAGUGGAGAAAACCUGUGCCAACCCCGCCACUGGAUCAGUUAUCCUGCUGGAAAAUCUGCGCUUCCAUGUGGAGGAAGAAGGGAAAGGCCAAGAUCCUUCUGGAACAAAGCUGAAAGCUGAACCAGAUAAAAUAGAGGCCUUCCGAGCCUCCCUCUCCAAGCUAGGGGAUGUCUAUGUCAAUGAUGCUUUUGGCACUGCACACCGGGCUCACAGUUCAAUGGUGGGUGUGAAUCUGCCCCAGAAGGCAUCUGGAUUCCUAAUGAAGAAGGAACUGGAAUACUUUGCCAAAGCAUUGGAAAAUCCAGAGAGACCCUUUCUGGCCAUACUUGGUGGGGCCAAAGUGGCAGACAAGAUCCAACUCAUCAAAAAUAUGCUGGACAAAGUCAAUCACAUGAUUAUUGGUGGUGGGAUGGCUUAUACUUUCCUUAAGGUACUCAACAACAUGGAGAUCGGUGCCUCCCUAUUUGAUGAAGAGGGUGCCAAGAUUGUCAAAGAUAUCAUGGACAAAGCAAAUAAGAAUGGUGUCAAGAUUACUUUUCCUGUUGACUUUGUCACUGCUGACAAGUUUGAUGAGAAUGCUAAAGUUGGAAAAGCCACUGUAGAAUCUGGCAUCCCUGCUGGAUGGAUGGGUUUGGACUGUGGUCCUGAAAGCAAUAAAAAGUUUGCUCAAAUUGUGGCCCAAUCAAAAUUAAUCGUUUGGAAUGGCCCUGUGGGAGUGUUUGAAUGGGAUGCCUUUGCUGCAGGAACCAAAGCCCUCAUGGACGAGGUCGUGAAGGCCACUUCUAAAGGCUGCGUCACCAUCAUAGGAGGUGGAGACACUGCUACUUGCUGUGCCAAAUGGAACACUGAAGACAAGGUCAGCCAUGUGAGCACUGGCGGAGGUGCCAGUCUUGAGCUUCUGGAAGGCAAAAUCCUUCCUGGAGUGGAGGCCCUCAGCAACUUGUAAGUCAAUGGAAUGUUCCUUCCUGCUGUCCCUGUCCAUAAUCUUCAAGUACUUUAACAUCUCAACUUGGUUUUGGUUAAAAUCUACCCCUGUUAAGGCCCACAUAAAGAUAAAUCAUUGCAACCUCAGGAACUCUUAACAUCUGUACAUCAACUCAGUUAUUUCUACACUGCUAUGCAUUUGCCUGCUGUCCUCAAGAUAAUGUUUGGACUUCACCAUUGGGCUUUGUAAGGAGACGAUCUUUAAUUGCCUAUUAAACAGAGUGGGCUGAAUAAUUUGUAUGUCUGUUUUCA